UGAGAUUACUACUUUGUGGUUGUCUCUUUAGUUGUUUUUCAAUGUUCAUGACAAUCCAAAACCAGUUUAAAAGUCGCAAAUGAUAUAGACUAUCAUACCAAAACACCGAAAAUUUACAUAUAUACACUUCUUUAAGGCUCCUUUUUUUGUAAAGAGAAGCAAAAUUAAAAAGUAUAGAGAUUGAUCUACUUGGGUUUCCAUCAUUCAUAUAUUUAUAGAAUGGCGGCAAAACGGUUGGACAUAGUUAUAUUUGGAGCAACAGGUUUUACUGGUCAAAAUACAGUUAAAGAAGCCGCUCGUUUAUCACGUUCAUACAAUUUCACAUGGGGAAUUGCAGGACGCAGGCAAGAUGCAUUGGAAGCCGUCCUUAAGAAAUAUGCUCCAAAUUCUGUAAACAUUCCAGUAAUGAUAGCAGAUUUAAGGGAUCAAGAAUCUUUAAAAAACAUGGCCAUUAGCACUAAAGUAAUUGCAAAUUGUUGUGGACCUUACAGAUUUUAUGGUGAGGCAGUUAUUAAAGCUUGCUUGGCUGCCAAAACUCACCACGUUGAUGUUAGUGGGGAGCCUCAGUUCAUGGAGAGAAUGCAGUUAGAGUACAAUAAAGCUGCACAAGAAGCUGGUAUCUACAUUAUAAGUGCAUGUGGAUUUGAUAGUAUUCCCUGUGAUCUCGGUAUUGUUUGUACUCAAAAGAAUUUUGAAGGUGAAAUAAAUACUAUAGAGACUUAUUUAAAUAGUUGGAAUACUUCUAACGCUAAUGGAGCUUCUCUUCAUUAUGGUACAUGGGAAUCUGCUAUUUAUGGUAUGGCACAUUCCAACGAAUUGCGUCAGAUUCGUUCAAAACUUUUUCCUGAAAAGUUACCAAAAUUGGAACCUAGACUCUCAAAUAGAGGCGCAAUACACAAAAGUUCAAUUUCUAAUGGUUGGUCUUCAAUUUUUCCUGGUUCUGAUCGUUCUGUUGCAAUACGUACACAGCGUUUCUUGUAUGAAAAAUAUAAACAAAGACCAAUUCAGGUCCAGACAUACGUUACAUUUCCCUCACUGCUUCAUCAAGUAUUGAUAGCCGUUUUUGGUGGAAUAUUUUUGCUCUUAACGAAAUCAGAAUUUGGAAGAAAUUUAUUACUGAAGUAUCCAAAGUUCUUUUCUGGAGGUUUGGCUAGUCACGAAGGACCAUCUGAGGAACAAAUGGAAAAUUCACACUUCUCAAUAACUUUCAAAGCUACAGGCUGGAAAGAAAAAUUAGCUGAAGUAUCUGACAAACAUGUCGAUGCCCCGAACAAGGAAAUGAUUACAAAAGUGACUGGCAAGAACCCUGGUUAUGGACUUACAUGUACAACUUUGCUUCUAGCUGGCGUAACGAUUUUGCGGGAAUCUGAGAAAAUGCCAGAUGCCGGAGGCGUUUUAACUCCGGGUGCUGCAUUUGUAAAUACAUCAUUAAUGGAGGAACUAAAGAAAAAUGGUAUGACAUUUGAAAUUGUAUCGUCAUCUGAAAAAUAAGGAAGUAUUAUCAGUUCCUGAACAUAAAACAAUUAUAUUACUUUAAAUAUGUAUUUUAAUAUAUUAUGUAUUUUAAAUAUUUAAAUAAGUAAUAGAUGUAAUAUAAUGUAAAAACUUUCUAUCAAUUUAUAUACAUAUAUUUUUAGUAUAUUGUUAUCAUUCUUUUAUAUUUUACCCACAGCGUUUUUAUUGUAACUAAGAAACAGCUAAUAUAAUAAAACACUAUGUGAAAGUAA